GGGAAAAUAAUAAAGAUAAGGCACUAUCCCAGGGGCCGGUAGAGGCCAGGUAAAAGCCAAGUGAUGGAGGAAGAGGCGGCGCUAGAUCCAGCGCCGGACAGUGGAAUAAAGGCGGCGCGGCGGGAGGCGUUCGUCGGAGAGUUGAAAGAGGUGAAUCGCAUAGCUUUGCCUAUGAUUGUAGUGACAGUGUCACAAUAUCUGUUGCGGACUUCUCCAAUGCUAAUGCUAGGCCACCUCGGAGAGCUCCCACUGUCCAGCGCUUCCAUCGCCACCUCUCUCUGCAAUGUCACCGGCUUCAGCCUUCUAUAUGGAAUGUCUAGUGCGUUGGAGACGCUUUGUGGGCAGGCAUAUGGGGCGGGACAAUAUCGAAAACUAGGAACAUUUACUUAUGGUGCCAUUCUGUGUCUAUUCCUAGUUUGCAUUCCAGUGGCUGCCCUAUGGUUAUUUACAGAGAAAUUGUUGUUACUAACCGGUCAAGAUCCUCCAAUCGCAGCGGGAGCAGGUAAGUAUGCCAUAUGGCUCAUUCCUACUCUGUUCCCUUACGCGAUUCUCCAGUCUUUGGUUCGGUAUCUUCAGGCCCAGAGCUUGAUCAUUCCGAUGCUCUAUAGCGCUGUUGCGUCUCUAUGCGUCCAGCUGCCACUUUGUUAUGCUUUUAUCUUCAAAAUGAAUUUGGGGAGUGCUGGAGCUGCAUUAUCAAUUGGUCUUUCCUAUUGGUUGAAUGUGAUUUUGAUUUUGUUCUAUGUGAAGAACUCGUCCACCUGUAAAAGAAGCCAUGCCACUUUCUCUAGGGAUGUAUAUCUGACUAUGGGGGACUUCUUUCGGUUUGCUAUCCCUUCUGCUGUAAUGGUCUGUUUGGAGUGGUGGUCAUUUGAGCUGAUUGUAUUGUUAUCUGGAAUCCUCCCAAAUCCAAAACUUGAGACAUCUGUUCUAUCAAUAUGCCUCACAACCACUUCGGUUCACUACCACAUUCCUUACUCUUUUGGCGCUGCUGCAAGUGUUCGAGUUUCAAAUGCUCUUGGAGGUGGAAAACCGGAGGCUGCAAGAGUUAGCCUCAUAGCAGUCCUGGUUUUAUCAGCCACAGAGGUUAUCCUGGCGAGUUUAACCAUUUUUUGCUGCCGUAGUGUGUGGGGGCAUGUGUUUACUUACGAGCAAGAAGUGAUCGGUUACGUGAAAAAAAUGGUCCCUCUUCUGUGCCUCUCUAUCCUCUUGGAUGGGACACAAGCAGUACUGUCUGGGGUUGCUAGAGGGACUGGAUGGCAAAGCAUAGGGGCAUAUGUUAACCUUGGUUCGUAUUACUUGGUUGGAGUUCCUGCCGCGCUUCUGCUUGGUUUUGUUUUGCACCUUAAAGGGCAGGGCCUGUGGGGUGGAUUAGUUGCUGGAGCUUUGGUUCAGUGCACUGCCUUUUCUCUUAUCACAGCCUUCACUGAUUGGGGGAAACAGGCAAUUGCAGCUAGACAAAGGCUGUUGGAUAACAAAAGGAUGCCUUCUCAGAUUGAGUUUCUUGAGUAAAAGAGGGAGAAAGUUGAAUUCGGGAAACAAUGUAGCCACUUUGUUGAAGAAUAAGCUAUUUUUUUAAUAACUGAUUCAGCUGGACAGAUGAGUAGAUCAGCGAGCAUUGCUGAACAUAAAUGCCUUCACUUCAUCGUCUUGCUCCCGCACACUUGGUAUAACUAAGUGUACAGUAUAGUUUGGGAUUUACAUCCAUUGCUAGACGUUACAAAGAUUUAUUAUUUAAUUAUUACCACAACCUCAUUGGACAUUGUCAAAUUUGUAUUAGGUAUGAAAUAAGAAAAGUAAAAUUGUAUCAUUGAUAGUUAU